UUUCGAUGCUGUAAGAUUGAUGUGUAAUCGUCGCGGCGAGGUUAAUCGUUAGCGAAAUUCCCAGUGAUAGAAGAUGGCAUGUAGUGGUUCGUUCAACAGCGAUGUCAGGGUGAAGGAGGAGCCUGGCGAAGAGUUGCUCAGAGGAAAUAAUUAUGAAAUCAUUGAUGAAACAUACGAUCUUGAAAACUUGAAAGAUUUACCACUUCUUCCAGAAAAUUCAACCCUCGUGCUUCGAAAAUGUGACGCAAAUCAUGAAAAUGAAUUUGAAGACAAAGUGGAAGUAGUCGCUGAAUACGAAGAAUUUAAGCCCAACAUUAAAUCAUUAACAGUAAACAAAAUUGACGAUGAUUCUCUAAAUCACUUGCGGAAUGUAAAAGAUAGCAAUGAUGAUAAAACUCAAAACACGAUUAAAAUAGAACCAGCGGAAGAAGUGAAACAGGAAUAUUUUUGUGACGCUGCAGAACAAUUGAAUUCAAAUCUUGAUUGUAAGCUAAAUGACGAUAUGGAUAUAGUUUUCGAAUGUGAAGAUGUCAAGCCUAAUAUGGAUUAUCCAGUAAUUAAACAAAUUGGCAAUGGUUAUAAAAACCAAAACGAAAUUAAAAUAGAGACCUCGGGAAAAGUGAAACAUGAGUUUGUUGGUUACCCUGUAGAAGAUUCGAAUUUGAAUAUGGAUUGUGAAAUUGCCCAAGAAAAUAAAAAAAGAAGAAUCACAAAAAAGUUUAACAACGCACAAACGUCUCUCGCAUGUGAAAUAUGCGGAAAGAAAUAUUCAAAUAAGGCUAAUGUGAAUUUGCACAUUAAAUCAUCCCAUCGAGGUAUUAUUCACCCGUGUGAUCUAUGUGGUAAGACGUAUUCGCGAAAAGGUAAUCUCAAAUCUCACAUUAGCGCCGUACACAAUGGUACCAAGCACACAUGUGAUAUUUGCGGCAACACAUUUUCACAAAAAUGUAGUCUCAAAACCCACAUCGAUAGAAUACGUAAUUGCACCAAACAUACAUGUGAUGUAUGCGGAAAGUCGUUUAAACAGAAGAAAAAUCUUGAAAUUCACGUCGAUUCAUUGCAUACUGGUAUCACAUAUGCAUGUACUAUUUGUGGAAGGAAACACUCAAGGAAGAGUAUGUGUAAAAUCGCUUACACAUGCGAUACAUGCGGUAAAUCAUUUACUCAAAAAAAUAGUCUCAAAACCCACAUCGUUGGAAUACAUAAUUGUACCAAACAUACAUGUGAUGUAUGCGGAAAGUCAUUUAAAAAUAAGAGAAGUCUUAAAAUUCACGUCGAUUCGGUGCAUAUUGGUGUCACAUAUGGAUGUGCUAUUUGUGGAAGACACUUUUCAAGUAAGCAUUAUCUCGCAGCUCACAUCCGUACGGUGCACAAUGGCAUCAAAUACACAUGUGAUAUUUGUGGCAAGACACUUUCACAAAAAUCCAAUCUCAAAGCCCACAUUGAUUCUGUGCACAGUGGCACCAAACAUGCAUGUGUUAUUUGUGGGAGACAAUUUUCAAGAAAGCAUUAUCUUGAAUCUCAUAUCGGUACAGUGCACAAUGGUAAUAAACACACAUGUGAUAUUUGUGGUAAGACAUUUUCAUGCAAAAGUACUCUUAAAGUCCACAUUGAUGCAGUACAUAAUGGUACCAGACAUACAUGUGAUAUUUGUGGAAGACACUUUUCAACUAAGCAUUAUCUCAAAACUCAUAUCGGUACGGUGCACAAUGGCACCAUGCAUGCAUGUGACAUAUGCGGCAAGACAUUUUCAAUGAAAGGUAACCUUAAAGUCCACAUUGAUGCAGUGCAUAAUGAUACCAAACACACAUGUGAUAUUUGUGGUAAGACAUUUUCAUGCAAAAGUACUCUUAAAGUCCACAUUGAUGCAGUACAUAAUGGUACCAGACAUACAUGUGUUAUUUGUGGAAGACAAUUUUCAAGUAAGCAGUAUCUCGAAUGUCACAUCGAUACGGUGCACAAUGGUAACAAACAUACAUGUGAUGUAUGCGGAAAGACAUAUUCACUGAAAGGUAAUCUUAACAAACACGUCAAAUCAGUGCACAAUUAAAUCACCCAUUCAUGUGAUAUGUGCGGAAAAAAAUUCACAAGUAGGUGGUAUCUCAAAGUCCACAUUCAUUCGUUGCAUCACGCACGAAUUGCAACUUAAUCGAAGUAUACAUUUUAAUUUACAUUCAGAAUAACUAUAAUUUAAA